CAUCAGUCAGUCACUCAAUAACACGCGCAGGGAACGGUUGUACGUUCAUUUGCCGCGCUCGACAUUCACGCGGACAACUGGGUCACGAGGUGUUUACGCGUAUUGCCAAAUAACACUUAUUUGUUUUGUGUUGUGGAUGGUUUCAGUGACAGUGUUUUGAGAUACCUUCUGGAUUAAGAAACUAGCGGCGCUUUUGAAGUGUACGUGAUGCGUGCGUGAGCGCAGCGCAUGACGUGCUACGAAACGUUGAGAGCUUCGGCACCCGCCGCGGACGCCCCCAUGGCGCACCACUUCGUCAAGUGGUGGCGCAACAAGUUUAGAAAUGGAUAUAAGAAAUUCAGCAUGGGCACCGAGGGCGAGCGCACAGAUACAGAAGAAUUAAUAGGUCGUGCGUCUUCCCAAUGCUCUGCCCCACCGGACGUCUUGCCGAGCGAAGCGAGAGCCUUGCUCCAGCCGGCGACACCGCCGCCCAUCCCUGCGAGGAAGUCUGAGGCUUACUGCAAGAGGCCACUUUCGCCCGAAAGACAUGCAGAAGAUGUAGAUGAGAAACAACCUAGAUUACGAUUUGAGGAGCUGACGUGUGACGUUGAAUUACAGCACCCAGAAUCAUCCAAACAACAGCCGCUGCAGUUUUCUUUUACUCUUUACGACCUUGAUGGUCACGGCAGGAUGACAAAGGACGAUAUAGCGGGUAUAGUGUCGACUAUAUACGAGUCGAUAGGAAAAUCGGUCACAGUCCCGCACUACGGGUCCAAAACAAUACAAGUGCGUUUAACGGUCGUGCCGGAAGACGGGCGACCUCGCAACCACCGGGACAGGCGGGAUGGCAGAAGACGACGACGAAGGGAGCGGCCUGCUGAUGUGCAUGUUGCGCCGCCUGCCGCGUGCGCCGACAACAGUGACGACGAGCCGCACGACAGGCUGUCACAUGAAGAUGAUGCGUCCUCGAAGUCCUCGUACUCGGGCGACAGGCAGCCACCCCAGAGACCUCCGCCGGUCCUCAGACAGAGGCCAUCUCAUCACCGGCACACGAGGCGAGAGCCGCGUGAAAGGAAGCACACGAAAAAGAGAUCUGGAAGUUUACAGAGACGAGAGCUGCUUGAAAUCAUUCAGGCAAACAUGGAGAAAAAUCGCCUGAGCUUUCAAACUUCAAGAAAGCCCUGUGAACCUGUUGCCAAUGAGGAAGAAAUCUUGCACAAAUAUCAAAAACUUAGAAAUAGAUCUUAUACUGUUAGCGAUAAGCCUCAUGCAUUCCAAAAGUUAAAAACAGAGGCCAAUAACAACGGAUAUUUAGACUUAGCGAGUGGGGGUGAUUCGAAUCUGUGCAGGUACGAUAGGUAUUUGCACGCAGUAAUAUGUUCCUCAGCGCGGCACGCCAACACGGGCUACCAUCAAAAGCAUUCGCAGCCUCCGAGACACACCAGAACAUCUCACAACUUAAACCCGAGGUCGCGUUCCCACGACUUACCCGCUCAAAACCACUCGACGCACCAACCUAGAGUACUACAAAUCAUAUUUUUAUAGAAUUUAAGCAUGGGCAGAGUCAACGUUUGACUGUGUCCUUAUGAAAAUUUUGUGUGCAAGGAAUUGUUUAAACAUAAGUGGAUACUUAGUGGUUAGGCCGCAUUUACAUGAGAGCUUUUUUAACGUCCGUUAUACCAUGUUAUAUGUUCACGCGUCAACGCUUUUUUACGUGUGAAGUUGUGAACAGAUACUUGGAAAUACAUUUGUUCUAUUUGGACGCUUUUUUAACGGUAGUUUAAAAAGGUCUCAUAUAAAUGAGGCCUUAGGUACUAGGAAUUAAACAAAGAUUUGGUAAAAAUGGGAAAUUACAAUUCCAGGCAUCAGUUUCGAAUUUUAUACAAAAAAUUAUGUAUAUCUGUGGUUCAAACCCCCAGUAUUUCAAACUUAGUAAUCUCAAUAAUGAAUAAAUUAAGGGCUAUUUUGGUUUUACAAAACCCCAAUAUAGAAUGGUUGAGAUGACGCGAACAUGUGAAUAUUAGGUGUAAGAGUAACUUGGAACAAUUUGUAAUUACAAAUUUUGUAAUGUGUUUUAACUUAUUAAACGUAAUAAUUCUAAGUACUUAUAAUUUUCGUGAAUAUCAGUGUUCAAAUUGAAUAAACGCAAGAUAUAGCUGACUUAACAUUUCACAUACUUACUUGAAUAGCAUUCCACACUUCACAAUCGGAAAUGGUUUCGUUUCAAGCGUUUUAAAAUACAAGUUCUUACCGAACACUCUUUAUAAAUAACAGGAUUAAUUUAUUAUCAAUGUUCAUUGUUCAUAAGUGGGAUUGGAUUUAGAUUUUAGAAUGAUUUAGGAUUUAUAAUACACCAUUCCACAAUUUGUAAUCUCGAUGAUGGUUUUAGUUGUACACAAAUCUAUAAACAUUUGUUGAUGUGAAAAUAGUGCUAUCCUUUUCUUGCUGGUUCUUCUCAAAGGCCUUCCGAACCAGUGCAAGAUGCAGUUGAUGAAGUACUCGUAAAAGUUUAUUUGAAUAAAAAAUAUUUCUAUUCUAUUUUAUUCUGAGAAAUCUAAGAUGUACCUACUAGCACUAUUUUAGACCUGUUAGAGAUUUAUGUACAACCGAAUUAGCACCAAGACUUAUUUUGUUCAAAAUAUAUAAUAUGUAUUAGUUAUGUAUAAAAAACUUUUAGAUUUUAAAAAAUGCGCCGAAUUGAGGACCUCUUACUUUUUUGGAAGAAUGAUUUGUAACUACUAUAUAGUGCCUUACAUUUGAUGUGAAUGUUUACACACAUUUCUUUGCUAAAUCAUUGGAAUAUAUUUUAAUAUUUUGAAUAUGUUAAUGCUCAUUAGUAUGUAUAAUGUAGCUUGUAGAUAUUAAAAACUCAUUUUAGAGUUUUAGACUGAUUUUAGAUAUAAGUUUAGGUGCUCCAGCUAAGGACAGUUUAUAAGAUAGGUAGGAAUGUUUUAUUAAUUAUUACAAUGUACUUAAGUGCUGCCUGUAUUUUAUUUGUGACAUUUUAAUUUGCUAUAUUAUGUCAUUAAAAUUGGUAUUCUUUUAUUUUCGGGUUGCAUUACCAAUAUCAGUAUUCAUUAUUAUUGUAAGUAAAUGAAUGAAUCUGUAAAAUGUUUUAUCUACCUCUAAUUUUACUUUAUUAGCUUAACUUUAAUAUUUAUUGUAAAAGCUAAAUCCUAAAAUUAUUUUAGUACUUUUUUUGUGAUAAUGAGUGAUCUGUUUUCAUGACAAUGUUUCACUCAAUGGUAUUAAGCAUAUGUACGUAUUCUUGUAAGAUGGAACAAUAUCUUUCUUAUAUAACAAAAUUUGUUUAGUAACAAGUGUAAAUUAAAAAUUUAUAACACCCCCGACAAGUGAAGGUUAUAGUAAUAACUAGAAAAGAGCUGAUAACUUUCAAACGGCUAAACCGAUUUUCUUGGAUUAUAGCUAAGAACACUCUCGAUCAAGCCACGUUUGUGUUCGAUGACGUAUGGAUCGGUUAUUAGGGGUCAAAGAAAUCUUUUUAGUUUCGUCAAAUAUCUCUGUCUGUAGGCUAUGUCAUAGCUACUUUAUGAUAUGUGUAAAGUUGUUUAGCGCAGAUAAUGAAACCUGUUAACGCUACACAAAUUAUAUUUUUCACGGUACUUCCUGAACUCAUUGAAUAAAAUUUUUAAAGUCAUUAUGAAGAGUUUGAAAAAAAAAUGGUCAAGCCCUAACUUACGUGUGUUCUGGCUCCUGACACGGCCUUGAACAGUCAUCAAAAUCCCGUUGGGACUAAUAUUCGAUUUUUCUGCGAUAAAUGGUAUAUGUCUGUCUCCGGGAGCUAUCUCUCUUUACCUUUCGUCGAAAUCAGUUAAGCAAAUGGGCAGUGAAAAGGUAAUAAACAGAUAGACACAUUGGCAUUUAUAGUUUUAAUAUGAAAUAUGGAUAAUAAAGGUAAAAUGGUAUUUUGCUGUAAGAAUAAUAUAAAGUUUGUUCGUUAAAGUUAUUGGUGCAUGCUAUUGUAAUUGUUUGCUAUUGUUCCAUUUUAAAAUGUACAGUGUACAAAGUGCUCUAUCUUGUCAAAAGUAUUUAUUGUCAAAUAUAAUCCUUGAGGUUU